GGGGCGCGCCGGAGACAAAAGGCCAAUGGCGCGCCACUCCGGGCUCCCCGCCCAGGCCCGCAUCCGCCGCCCGGCCUCCUCCUCCUAACCCGUCACGUGGGAAGAGAGCCCCGCGGCUUCUAGCAGCAACAGGGGCAGGAGCAGAGCCGCGUGGGGUCGGAGAGCAGCGCCUGCGAUCGCCUCCUGUUCGUCGACCUUGUUCUCCUCGCUCUCUCUUCCCUCUCCACGAGGCCGCCAUGAAGAAGCUGCUGGUGGCCGCGCUGCUGCCCGUCUGCUUCGUAGCCCUGUCGGGUAAGUCGCCUUUUUUACUUCUUCUGCGGGGGCGGGGAAGACCCCCCCCCCGCCGCGAGCGAGAGAAAAAGGGAAAGUUGUCUUUGCUCCUCUCCACGGAUCAGGUCCCCUCGCGCGCGCGCGCGCGCCUUCCCACGCCUUCUGCUUUUCGGAAAGGGAUGCGUCCGAAGGAGGUUUGCUCAUUUCCCUCUCUGUUGCAAGCGGGAACUUGCACGGAUUUUUGUAAUGUUUUCCCCCCCUCCCGCCUCAGAGUCGGCUCAGCUCAAAAAGUGGGGUCGCCAGUUUUUAAAAGCCCCCGCUUUCUUAACUGUGAAAGUUAUUUGGAGACCCCUGGGUAUCUUUCGUGUGUGUGUUUGUGUGUUGUGCGCGCCGUCGAGGUUGCACGGCCGGCCGCAGAAAAGGAAGUGCACGUGCUUUUAUUUUAAUUUUUGCACGGAGAAGGUCCCCGGUUCAGUUCCAGCGCAGUUUCAAACCAAAUCUCAGCUUAAAAAACAAAACAAAAACGGAGGGAAUAGCAGGUCUGGACGGUCCCCAAAUCCCUGCCUGUCAUAAUAGACAGUGCCAGAACAGAUGGAGCAAUGGGUCUUAGACGCUGUUUCAUGUUUUCAGAGCAAAUAGAACUGGGACGCCUUUCUUCCAUCCCGACCGACAUCCUUCCUUGCACGGCAAAGGGACCUUCGUGUGAACGCAGCCAGAAAUUGACUUACCACCAUGCAAGCAGUUUGCUUGUUGUUGGAAAAUAAGUUUAGGGAGGAUUGAGGUCACUGAGGUUUCUUUGCGUCUGUGUGGCUUUAUUGCAGUUCCGUGAGUAACAAACAACGUGGUCUUGUUGCUACCAAAAGAAAGAGGGUCGUUUCAUUUCUAGUCCUUUAGAGGCUCUUGGGGGAUGAAGUGUAAACUGCAAGCACUUCCCAAUCUGUGCGAAAUCAUAGCAAAGGCCAGAGCAUGUAAACAAAAGACUGACAUGCUGAGGCAAAACAUUGGCUUGGAAGUAAACCCUUCCAAGUAAGGCUGCAGAUAUUAAGACGGGUUUGCUAAGAUAAGAAUCUCACCAAUCAAAACUCUGUUCUCUCAUUUAUUUGCCAACAAAGGGCAAGUCUUGCUUUCUAGAGCAGCUUUCGCCCACCUAGUGCCCUCCAGAUGUUUCUAACUACAACUUCCAUCAGGCUCCUCCAGCACAGCCUGGCUGAUGAGAGCUGUGAUUGAAAACAUCUGGACUGAAGGGCACCAGGUUGCCAAAGGCUAGCUUGACCUACUAAAUCUUAAUGACAAGGUCUACUUUUAGGGGCAAUAAUUAGUAUUAGCAUUAUUUAUGUAGAAAGCUCUACUUUUUCUUUUGGUCAACCAUGGCUUCCUGCUUCAUCCAUGAUUAACACCGGCCAUGAUUAGUUUAAAGCAGGCAUAGGCAAACCUGGCCCUAAAGAUGUUUUGGGACUACAACUCCCAUCAGAAGGAGGGGGCUACCAAACCUUGGUUUUGCUGCAGGUCAUACAUGUUGCAGUGUACCAUGGUUUAAAUUUAGCAUGACAUGAGAACACAGUUCUGUGUUGCACUCUCACUUGCAUUGGAGGAAGAAGGCAACGGUCCACUGCCUUCGUGUCUUUAGGGGAACUUGGAGGAACCGCAGUUGGUGCUCAGCACCUCGGUCGGUGACCCCACACAGUCAGGGAGCAUGUCCUCCACCCCUGGAAAACCUGUCAGACUGAUGGUGCCAACAAGUCUGAGUAUCCACAAGGACAUUGGGUCAUUUGGUCACCAGAUUAGUGCCUUGAGGGUAGAAGAGUCUGUUGAUGUAUAAAAAACCGUUUAGAGACUGCUCCUCAUAUAUCUGGCCCGUAUACAACAAAAAUUACAAGAGAGAGUGUUGGCAUCCAUCUGUCUCGAGAGAGAGUGGAGUGCGCCGCCGGGGGUGAAAUUAAACGGCUGCAUUAGCAGCACUGAAGGGACCUCUCUGGGGCACAAGCCUGGGCAGUGUGCAUGGAGUUUCUGGGCUGCCCAGAUGGCAAGACCCCUCUCUUGGCCUCACUGAUGUGGUCCAAAGGAAAGCAGAGCAAUACGUUCGGUACCAGCUUGGCUGCAGGAGUUGCUAGAAAGAGGCGUACAAGGCACCCUCCAACCAUCUUAGGGACUCUAUACUCCAGAUUUGCAUAGGGUUUACUCCUUGGCCUUUUCUUCUCCCAAAGAUACCUCACAAGGCAGCAGAGGUUGAGGAUCAAGGUUUUCCUUCUCCUGGAUGGGCUGCCUUCCCAGGUUGAUGAGCCCCACCUGGCCCUCACUUCCCUCUACAGCAGGUGCAUAAACCACCUUCUUGGGGCCACUAUUGGUCUUGUCAGCUCAAUUCACCAGAGCCUGUCUUUGCAUGCAGGGGAAGUCCCUCAACCCUUGGCUACCCCUCACCUCGUUUAGCUAGCCAGUCAAAGCCAUUUCCGAGGUGUGGCCUCCGUUGCACGCCGACAGCUUCUGUGAGCCACAGGUGAGAGCUGAGUGCAGAGUAGGGGACCAAGGCUGGGCAAGCUACCCCAGAAGGAGCAUGACAUGCCCCCUACCACAGGUACAGUGGUACCUUGGGUUACAUACGCUUCAGGUUACAGACUCCGCUAACCUAGAAAUAGUACCUUGGGUUAAGAACUUUGCUUCAGGAUGAGAACAGAAAUUGUGUGGUGGCAGCGGGAGGCCCCAUUAGCUAAAGUGGUGCUUCAGGUUAAGAACGGACCUCCGGAACGAAUUAAGUACGUAAUCAGAGGUACCACUGUACUCCUCCUCUCCAAAAACCCUUCAAAAGAGACACAAUUAAAGCAUUAAAAGCAAUGCAGGAUAUGCAUAAAAAUGGCUGGCUCCUCUUGAAAGUUUAAGCUGCUGAAUUGGCCUGUUGACAUUAAAAAAAGAAGUCUUGAAGAGAUGCCUGAAAAUCAAAAGGUAGGGGUGCCUGACUGGUGUGUGCUGCAAAGGUGUUCCACAGCAUGGAACCAGUGGUGCUAAACGCUCAACUUCUGGUUGAAGCCAAAUGGGUUUCUGAAACACUGGAGGCAACUAACAUAGUUCCUCUGGAUGAUUUCAGUGAUCUUGCUGCUAUAUAAGACUCGGAUGAAUCAGCCCCACACAGAUAGAGCUGAUGGAACAGCUGGCCUGACCUUGGAAAAGACCUAGGUAGAGAACAUUGGCUAAGAAGAUAGUUCAAGAUUACAUUAUCUCUUUCUGGGUUGUAAAUCAGUCUUCCUUGACCCUUGAGAAGCCUGAAGGGAACUGUGCUAAAUUUAAUGUGCUGUGAAAUAUCUAGCAGCUGAGGGACGUAGCACAGUUGCUCUGAAAUAGAUGUAGCAUCUCAGGCAGCUUUUGAAAUUUGCCAGGCGCAUUUUGCAUAUUGGCCAUUUGCAACCAAGUGAAGAUAGCUGAGUGUCAGGAUAGUGCCUGGCGUCUCUACCAUCUGGAGGUACGUGCCUCCUUGAAUCUGGAGUAGCAACACAUCCUGUAGAAUUCUAACAGUGAUAGUUUAUCUGCACAAUCGGAAUCAAUUACAGGAACCAAAAAGCCCUAUUGAAAAAUACAACUUCCGAGCCGUCUGGCCCCAAAAUGGCAACUAGGCAUUCUGUUUUGGCGACAGCAAACCUGGUUGAAGGAGCCAUUUGGCGCCUAGUUUUUAUAUCUGAAUUUCUAACACUGACUCAGGAUUCAUUUGUGAAAAGGGGGGGAACUUGCUAGUAAUAAACAUAGCUUGCCUUCCUGUAGCUAAAAAGAAUUUAUGACCCUUUGAGCUCGUCUCAGGGCCCAGCCUGAAGUGGGUUGUAAAUGGCCACUGCAAGUCUAGGUGAUGUCUAGUGGAACUCAUCUCACUGGGGACAAUGUGGCCUGUUGUAUCUUCUCCACCCCCAAAAUGAGCAGAUAAUAAUGUGAGCCUUAUAUGCAGGCAAGUGCAGAACAUCGUGACACAAGGUAAACGAGGUGAAGUAGACAGAACGAAAAGGAUGUGCAUCAGCCAUUUUAUGUGGUUGCAUUUCCUGUAACAUCUACCAGAAAAGUCAAGUAGCUUUGAAAAGGUUUGGGGAUUUGCAGGUUUUUGACAAGAGGUAAACAGACAAUUUAAACACAGCUUGCAAGUUUUUGCUAGAACUUUUAAAAACCACAAUGAUGCAUCCAGUGUUAUGCUUGGCUCCUGAUAUACUUCCCUCUGUCUUUCUACUCCUUUUCCACCCUCCCCGUGUAUUUUAGUUUACUGUUCCAACAAUCUUUCUCAAGCUUGUGUGCCAUCUGUAUAGGAACCAACAGAUCCAUCAGUGUGGCUAUUCUUACAUAUUGUGAAACAGUGUCAUCCAUGGACCAGUGCUGGUCCGCAAUGUCUUCACUACAGGUUGGGUGGGAUGCUUCAAGGACCAAAUUUGGUACUGGUUCCUGGUGGGAAAUCCCACUCCAGCACAUCAGAUAGCUUGAGAAGCACUGAUAAAAAUCAUACUUUCACCACUUCAUUGAACUGCAGAAACAUUGUUAGUAGGGCUGAGCGUUAGAAUAGCAGUAGGGGAAACAAUUGCAGCAAACAGCCUUAGGAGGAAAUGGAAGAUUUACACUGCAGAUUAUAUUGGAGAACAUUGUUCAUUGCAUUUUUAAACCCCUCUUAAAACCAGUUUUCCCAGGGUGUAACUUGCUCCCUCUCCUCUUCCGAAAACACUACAGUGGAAACUUGGUUUUCGAACGUAAUCUGUUCUGGAAGGCCGUUCAACUUGUGAAACAUUCGAAAACCAAGGAGCAAUGGGCAGUCGGCAAAAUCCAUUGAGAAAAAAGAGAAAAACUUGCAGUGGAAUCCGUUCGACUUUCAGGGCACAUUCGAAAACGGAAGCAAUUACUUCCGGGUUUUCGGCGGUUGGCUUCCAAAACAUUCGGCUUCUGAGAUGCUCAAAAACUGAGGUUCCACUGUAUUUUGAAAUUAAGCUUUGUCCCCUCUUUGCUUUAAACCAGGUGUAGGCAAACUCAGCCCUCCAGAAAUUUUUGGGACUACAACUCCCAUCAUCCCUAGCUAACAGGACCAGUGGUUGGGAAUUAUGGGAAUUGUAGUCCCAAAACAUCUGGAGGGCUGAGUUUGCCUAUGCCUGCUUUAAACCUUGCAGCUUCUCCCAAGGUGAUUUUGCAGUGGUAGGGUGAGUGGCACCUGCUUAGCUUGUCUCUGGGCCACCCUAAAGUCAUUUCACAGGUGUCCCAGGUACCUAGGUAAAGUUUUCUUUAAGGGGGAAAAAUGCACAUUAUACCUUAGAAGGAGGGCUAAAAGCCAGGAGAGCAAUUUUAAUUUUGGAGAUUCCUGAGUGGGGAGGGGGGAGCAAGGGGGAAAGUGAUGGGGUGGGGGAGAGAUUUUCUGCAUGCCACAAGUAUUACCAAAAAAGCCUGGAGAUUCUUAGAGGUAUUUGAAAAGGGUGGGUUAGAUAUGGAGCAUAACUGCCUGCAAUUUCACUGUGCCCUGAGGCAUAAGUUGGACCCUUGAUCCCUCGCCACCUCUCCAAAAUAAAGACACAGACAUCAUGAGGGCAAGACAUGCAGCUUAUUCUGUGGGUAUGGAAACAAGACGGUGCCCCAGAUUCCUAGUGUCCGCAGACACUUCAGAAUGUAAAAAGGAGGGCAGGCUUUUUGUACCUUUAACAGGUGGAGAAAAUCAACAGGUGUAAUUUCUGUGUUUGGGAAAGUACCAGUUGAAUGAAUCAUCAGAAUGAUUAACGCCACUGAACCUCUUGUCGAGAAAGCCAGCAUUCCUAAUUUCUGUUUACUUUUUUUAUUUUGUGUUGUCAUAAACAUACAAAUAGAUACUAAUAUACAUGCACUUAUAAAAUUCAAAUAUCAUAUGAAACUGGUCACAGUUCUAACUUUAUCAUUUAAGAAUUGGUAUAAAUAAACACAUCACUAUAAGCAAAUCACUUUUAUAAUUUAGGCUGCAACCCUUUCUAAUUUAUAGUAUCAUCCCAUUCUCAUAUGUAUAUGAUGGCACCCAUCUGUUUCGGGAGACAAUGGAGGAGUGUGCCUUUGGGGGUAAAGUCAAACUAUUGGAGAGUUUGGUGCAAUGCAGGAGAGACAUGUUUUGUUACAUCCGGGGAAGAUGAAGGUGUCCAGUUGUGCUGCUGCAGAUGCGCCAUGGUGUUUCUUCUCUCUGCGUUCCUCCCGGCGGUCAUUCGUCCUCUGGUCACUGCUAUACACACACAACUUGACUUUGUGUCUCCAAGCACUGCAGUUUUCUGCAAGGGGUUGUCACAUGACAGAGCUGAUGUUGCCAGCCUUUGUGUCAUGUUUGCAGACACCUUUGCAACACAGAGUUGGUUUGGCAAUGGCGCUGGUGCCUGAAGCCAGCUCCCCAUAGAGCACGUAUAUGUGUGCGUUUGCGUACACACACACACACACACGUUGGAAGCGUAGAUUUUGGCAAAAUUCCUUAAAAAUAGCUCAACACCCUUUGUGUGCAGAUGUUCACUUUUUGAAAUAUGGCGACUCUAACAUAUACACAUCUAAACACAUGAUGACAUGUCUCAUUUUUUAAAAUCUUGGCACUGAGGGGGCAGUUUUCUGCUUCAUAUACCUUACAAAAGGUGACCAGGUUUUCUCAUUUCGCUCUUUUCUCUGACUUACCCCCCCCAAAAAACCCUCAUUUCUUUAUUUUUACCAACUUAUUUGGGGGAAAACAGCAUGUUCCCCUCUCCUGGCAUAGAGAAGAGGGAUGCUGUUGCUUUUCCAGUGGCCUAGCCAGCAUAGGAAUCUGUGUUUAGCAGAGUGCCGGUUCCUAACUGCAGUAUUUUGCCCUCUCUCCUUAUACAUGCUCUGCAUAUAACCUUUAUCUAAUCUGCAUCUCUUCCUUUUUUCUGCUUAGUCGUUUUUUGGGGGCAGGGCAUGACAAUCCGCUUACCGCACACCUAGUGUGGGUUGCAGAAGCUCUUAGCAAGGAGUCCAGGAGAACAGACUGCCUACGUACAGAUCUGCAUGCUGCCGUGUUUAUCCCAAAGCUGAUCUCUGGAGGUUGCCCAGGCACCCCUGCCUUGCCGUCUGUUCCUAAAAGCAUUGGGAGAGAGAUACAGUGGUGCCCCGCAAGACGAAUGCCUCGCAAGACGGAAAACCCGCUAGACGAAAGGGUUUUCCGUUUUGGAGGUGCUUCGCAAAACGAAUUUCCUAUGGGCUUGCUUCGCAAGACGAAAAUGUCUUGCGAGUUCCUGCGGGGUUUUUUUCCUUCCCCCCCCCUUUUUCCCAAGCCGCUAAGCCGCUUAUCAGCUGAUCCUAAGCCGCUAAGCCGCUUAACAGCUGAUCCCUUAAGCCGCUUAUCAGCUAAGCCGCUUAUCAGCUGAUCCGCUAAGCCGCUAAUAGCGCUAAUCCGCUAAGCCGCUAAUGGGCUUGCUUCGCAAGACGGAAAAAACCGCAAGACGAAGAGACUCGCGGAACGGAUUCUUUUCAUCUUGCGAGGCACCACUGUACUGGGGCUGAAAUGUCUAUAUGCUCUGCCCUUCCCCUUGUGUUCCUGGCUUUAGGGAGGAUAUUGUGGUUUGUUCAAGCAGCAUUUCCAGUGGCAACCAAACAGGGAAACGGUGGUUUUAGUUGGGGGUGGGGAACAGGUAGACCUCCUGCAGAGGUGGCUGGAGUCCUAUCAGCACCAGCCAGCACAGCCAGUAGUCAAGGAAGAUGGGAGUUGUAGUCCAGAACAACCUCUGGAAGGCCACAGGUUCCCCAUCCCCAACAAGGGUAAGAAAUCUAAAUCUGAUCCGUUUCCUGAUUCGGAUGUCACUGACAACAGUUCAGCAAACCACAAUAUCUUCUCAAAAGAAAGUGUGGGGCCCGUGGUUAAUGGGGAGAAAGCACAAAGACGCAAAGCUUUUUCCGAUAAAGCAUGAUAAAUGAUGUGAUGUCUGAACUGGGCCACACUCAACGUAGCCCCAGAUAGAUCCCACCGGGGUCAAUGGGAUCUUCUCACAAUUAAGUUUGUGUAGGAUUGCAUUGCUCUGGUGAAAGGCCCAUCAAACAGGAUAGUCAUCGAGCAUACAUUUCCAAAGAAACUCCUCUUCAUAGGCAAGACAGAUCCCAUCACACGAUAACUUAAUUGUCACAAGACAUUACAUACGACACAGUGGACAUUCUGUUUCAGUGUAUGUACAAAAUCUCAGAGCGUUAAGACCUAGGCUGGAGGCGUAAAGAUGUUUUUUUUUUACCGGUUUGGUUCAUAGUGUUAACGUUGCCAAAUCCAAGCUCCUGGAAAUUGUCGUGAAUAUCCCAAGCUUUAUGAGCCUUUCACCAUAGUACUUGUAGUUGCAAGAUUCUUGUGUUUAGCAUGGGGUUGAGCAAGAUCAGGGCCGAGGACGUGGAUACAGCUGGCAACCUAGAUCUACAUGUGGAUACAGCUGGCAACCUAGAUCUGAUGAUGAUGAUGAUAAUAAUAAAAUUUUAUUACUUAUUACCCCCCCCCCAUCAGGCUGGGCCUCCCCAGCCAUUCUGGGCAGCUCCUGUUGGCAUUCCAUUCCUCCGCUGUGCAGAUGUGUGGGAUUGUUUUAAUUACAUGUCUGUGUUUUACAGUCCAGCACUGAUUGUCGGAGUCUUGUAAACGGAAGUUCCGUUCUGUAUUGCUUUUGUUUCCUUCUUCUCUCUGAGAGCAAGAAGGAGAGGAGCCAUGUUUUCCUUUGUCCUGUUUUGUAUAUAUAAAUAAACUAGCUUAGUGCUCACACCUCAGGCCUGGAUUCUGCUGAUGUUGUUUGUCUGCUAACGUGUGCUCAGUGUCUCUGGACAUGAGUCACAGAAUCUCAUCCGGGAAGAAGAAUGAUGGAUUUCAGGAGUGGCACGCAGACCAGAGAGACGGGCUGGCAUGCAUGAUGUCAUUUGCCUGGUCGCCCUCCUUGCCUGCCAGCCAUUACCCCAACAGCUCCCAACAGAAUAUCAAAAACACGAUAAAACAUCAACCAUUAAGAACUUCCCUGAACAGGGCUGCCUUCUAAGACAUUAGUAAAGGUAAAGGUACCCCUGACCAUUAGGUCCAGUCGUGUCCAGCAUGACUCAGCCGCUUCAUUAGGUUCAGCAUGACUAAGCCGCUUCUGGCGAACCAAAGCAGCGCACGGAAACGCCGUUUACCUUCCCGCCAGAGCGGUACCCAUUUAUCUACUUGCACUUUGACGUGCUUUCGAACUGCUAGGUUGGCAGGAGCAGGGACCGAGCAAUGGGAGCUCACCCCGUAACGGGGAUUCGAACCGCCGACCUUCUGAUCAGCAAGUCCUAGGCUCUGUGGUUUAACCCACAGCACCACCCACGUCCCUCUAAGACAUUAGAUGUCUUCUAAAAGUCAGAUAGUUGUUUAUUUCCUUGACGUCUGAUGGGAGGGCGUUCCACAGGGCGGGCACCACUACCAAGAAGGCCCUCUGCCUGGUUCCCUGUAACCUCGCUUCUCGCAGGGAGGUAACCACCAGAAGGCCCUCGGCGCUGGACCUCAGUGUCCGGGCAGAACAAUGGGGGUGGAGACGCUCCUUCAGGUAUACUGGACCAAGGCCAUUUAGGGCUUUAAAGGUCAGCACCAACACUUUGAAUCCUAGCUUCCCCCACCCCUGGCAGGCAACUUUGAUAGGUGGAUGGGUUCUGCCCACCUCUCAGACUUGAAAGGUAAAAUAAUGCAAAUGUAUUUAUCACUAUGUUAUGUGUGUUUGUUUCAGUGACUGCUGCAGGACCGAACGUGACCUCCGCAGCUCCCCAUUCAAGUUCAAUAACAAGUAGGUCUCUACUUAAUUUUUUUUCCCCCUUCUGCUUUACUAAGAUGAAAGCACUUGCAUCUGUGGCCCCCAAAUCCAAGGCAAAUGAUUUGCUUAUCCAAACGGCUUGUGGCAGGGGGGUUGCCUCUCUGUUCUGAGAAAUUGCGUAACUGGCAUUGGGAAAGAAGGAUGGUGUUGAAGAUGUCAAGGACAUCCUUGUUGGAGUUGCUCCUCAGGAAUGACUGAUAUACUUUUCACACAUUGGGCAGGUCAGAUUUAUUAUUAUUAUUUGGCUGAGAGUCUUCAGGUUGCAAUUCCAAUAAAGCACCCUUGCAAGCUAUUCCAUUUAGGGAGCAACCCUAUGGCCAAGAGCCUUGGGAUGCAGGUAUCUGGCUCACAGGGCUACAGUUCCCAGAGUUUCCUCUGAGAUUGAUCAUUAAACCACUCUGGGAAUCGCAGCUCGGGGGAUGGGGGGUCUCUUAACAACUCUCAGCACCCCUCACAAACUACAUCUCCCAGAACCCUUUGGAGGAAGCCAUGAUGGUUUAAAGUGCAUGCCUGAAAUAAUGGUGUGUUGUUAUAUUCUGGAGUGACAUCCACAGUUGUAUUUUAAGCUGUAUUUAUUUAUUUAUUUAUUUAUCUAUCCUAUCCUAUCCUAUCCUAUCCUAUCCUAUCCUGUCGUAUCCUGCCUUCCAAAGGAGCCCAAGGCGGCAAACCAAAAGCAUAAUAAAAUAAUGCAAUUAAAAAUAUAAACAUUAAGAACAUUGAAAACGAUCUAAUGGUAUGCAUUCCUGUAUCUAAAGCCCAAAUACAUACAAGUUAAGAGUAACUGAGUUCCCCAUGUGCCCAGCACCCAAUGAAAUCCACACGUGGCACUCCAACGACCUUAUUGUUAUUCAGAAGAACUUCUUAAAAGUUAUUUUCUUUCUCACCCGACGCCCAUGAAUCAUAGUGUUAGAAGUGAAUAUGAGGGUCAUCUAGUCCAACCCCCUGUAAUGCAGGAAAAUUUCUGUCAGUGGGGAGCUCAAAUCCAUGACCCUGAUCUAAAGUUGUAGGGUUGGUUCGUUUUCAAUUAUUCUGCUGACUUUUGAGAAACGUUUAUUUUGGAGUUGUUGGUUCCAAACAUCAAGCUCCAGUUUCUGUUUUUGGACCUAGAACAAAGGUACCGGGGGCCAAAAAAAUGAAAAGGGGGGAGGGGACCCCCCUAACUCAAAACAACAACCCAGCUUUUCAAUGUUUCAUCAUAGAUUAAUUACCUGCUUUGGAGAAACCACAGCUGGGCAUGUUGCCAUGUGCGAGUUAAGGCAAGAUGUGGCGCAAGUCAUCGUUCCUAUGCCUUUCACGGGCAAAAAGCAAAAGUUGCCUUUUAUUUGUGAAACGCUUUCUUUUCUAUAUUCUAUUAUUUGUCCUCCCUCCUUUUUGAAUGCUCUGAUGCUACUUUUGUCUUCGGUGUUGUUGCUUAAGUCCGGUUUGGAUUAAUUUUGCUGCUCUUGUAAACCUUGAUAUUUUAUUACGUGAUUGAGGUUCAAGCGUUGUAUUUGCAAAACGAGCUUGGCAAUUGAAAAGUAUUGAGCUUAAUUUUACCCACAGCCCCAUUCCUCAAGGCGGGGUGUGUGUGCGCGCACACGCUAAAUGUUGAUAUUUUUAUCUCAGAACUUUGCACAUGUUCCAAGAGGGAAGCAAGAGGCAGCCUUAACCUGUGAAGGAACCUCAGUGCAACUGGGGAUGCUUGACUCUGCAAAUUCCCUAAUUGUACAAACAGAGCCUACACACAAGCACUCUGUACAUGCUCAGGCUCUUUUACGAGUUGCUCUGAAUGUGUCACGAGGGCUGAAUGGAUAACUUCACCAGACUCAAGGCAGAUAGAAGCCUUCCCAUCAUGGAGCUGGGUGUUCAGGUCUCCGGAUGGAGGGUUGGGUUCAAACUGCAUUUCUGGCACAUCUGUUUUGGAGACCCAGUGUGGUGUAGUGGUUCAGAUGUCAGACUCGGACCUGGGAGACCCGGGUUCAAAUCCCCAUUCAGCCAUGAAGUUCAUUGGACGACUUUUGGCCAGUCAGUGUCUCUCAGCCCAACUGCCCUCACAGGGUUGUUUGGGGAGUUAACUGAUAAAGGGGGAGAACAAUGUAAACCACCUUUGUGCUCUUUGGAGAAAAGCUGGGAUAUAAAUAAAAUAAAUAAAAGUAGUGAGGGAGGGGCAGAAAUUGUGGUUCCACUUCCUUCCCUAUGCACAAAAACAAACAUUCCCUGUGAUAGGCUCAUCGAUGCUCUCCACCUAUCUGUGAAAUGUUCUCACACCUAUUUGAGGAGCUUCAAGCAUCUACAUUGACCUGUUGUAUUGACCAAGCAGUGUGACUCAUUACGGGAAUAAUAAUAAUAAUAAUAAUAAUAAUAAUAAUAAUAAUAAUUUAUUAUUUAUACCCCGCCCAUCUGGCUGGGCUUCCCCAGCCACUCUGGGCAGCUUCCAAAAAAAUUAUAAAUACUGUAAUACAUCAAACAUUAAAAGCUUCCCUAAACAGGGCUGCCUUCAGGUGUCUUCUAAAAGUCUGGUAGUUGUUCUUCUCUUUGACAUCUAUUGAGAGGGCGUUCCACAGGGCGGGUGCCACUACCGAGAAGGCCCUCUGCCUGCUUCCCUGUAACUUGGCUUCUCGCAGUGAGGGAACCGCCAGAAGGCCCUCGGCGCUGGACCUCAGUAUCCGGGUAGAACGAUGGGGGUGGAGACGCUCCUUCAGAUAUACUGGACCGAAGCCGUUUAGGGCUUUAAAGUUCAGCACCAACACUUUGAAUUGUGCUCAGAAACGUACUCACAAGCAUUGAAAGUGCUGUGUGAAAUAAAGCACGUAUUGACACCCCCCCCCCAAAAAAGAGAGCACAUUUCGAUGUUUAGUGAAGGCCAUUCUUUUUCUGGAGGGUUUUGCUUUCUAUGUCUGCCCCAUGUAUCUGAUGUGUUCCUAUAUUUCACGCAUGCUUUGCAAAGGAACAACGCUUCCUAAUUGCGGCAAGGUGAGUAUAUCAGUGGAAGAGCCCGAUGGCUAGCAAGCCUUAAUUAACACUGUCUUUUGCAUUCGGGGGGGGGGGGGUUGUCAUUAAGCGCACUCUUGUACAACGUGAGAGAUAGAUGGGAUGAGACUUGUUUGAGGAUGUGUGCAGUUUCACUUGAGAAACCUCAGCUUGCAGGGUGCUGAAUUACUUCCUUUAUAAAGGUUUGCUGCAAAAUGAGUCAGAGCAGUUUCUGCAACAGGCCUGUUAGCUUCUCGGUUGAAAACAGGCCUUUCCCCCUCACUAAAACGUGGCUACAGUGGUACCUCGGGUUACAGAUGCUUCAGGUUACAGACUCCGCUAACCCAGAAAUAGUAACUCAGGUUAAGAACUUUGCUUCAGGAUGAGAAGAGAAAUUGUGUGGCAGUGGGAGGCCCCAUUAGCUAAAGUGGUGCUUCAGGUUAAGAACAGUUUCAGGUUAAGAACAGACCUCCAGAACAAAUUAAGUUCUAACCAGAGGUACCACUAUACUGAACUCUGGUCGGCUUGGCAUGCAAUAAUUUGUUCAGGCUUGUGUUGUUAGGCACCAAAGAAAGUCCCUUGUGUUGCAAAACAGAACACACUGAACAACAGCAAGCAACACAUUGGCUAAUAAGAUACUGACAAUAUUUUUAUAACGCUAAAAUUCACAAACAGAAGACAUAUAAUAUGUGCAUGGAGUCACAAACGAAUAAGAAUCAAAUAAACGUUCCAUGAACAGGAAUGGUAGGAGGAGUUAAGCCACUGUCAAAGAUCACUGAAAUGGAGGCAGAAUGCCUUUCCACAGUCAGUAUCCUACAAAUGUGAGAAGAUGGGUGCUCCAGACGUUGCAAUAGGGUGCUCCGAGCACAGCAGUAGACGGUACAGUUCUUCCAGGAUCAUGAACUGUUUCAAUGGUUCAAUCUUCAUCACCUAGCAGUAAUAUGAAAUGAAAACCAGUGAAAGAAAUGUCAGGCCUUCGUGUUAACCAAUAAUAAAUACAUACCAAAUUAAUUGUCCCCAAAGGUACAUUAAAUGGCCAUGGAUCAGCUAUCACUAAAAAGUGUAGUAAGCUGAUGCUGUUGGCAAAACCCGAGUGGCAUUAAAAUGGCUCUCAACAGGUGCGGUGAAUCACAUAGAAUUACAGGAAAUUUAAAGGUACAUUAUCUGAAAUACAGCAAAGAACAUACAAACAGAAGCCAUCUUGACAGAAAACUUAACCAAAACAAUUAAAAUCUAAUUCAGUAUUUGUGGUGUUAGGCAUCAGGGGUCAUGAGCCCUUAACAAACCCGGUGGUCACACGCCAGGGGGGCAACAAAUGUUUUGUUUUGUUUUUCAUUUGUACAAUGGGCUAGUCCUAACAGUCAGAUAGAGUCUUGAGUUCCAUGUCUGAGGUUCCCCACCUCUGAUGUAAAUAAUAGAAAAAAUUAAGAAAUUUGAGGGUCGGCAAAAGAUACUUGGAAAUUCCUGAGAAUCCACUGAAUUUUCUCAGUAUCCUCCCAAAAUGUGGAUAAUUGCCAGGAAUCAAUCAACAUUCACCAAGGCUCUGCUUUUUAGUGUAACAGGCAGUGCAUACCUUUGUUCAAGCUGUUGUGCUAUUUUCUACCUGCUAUUCAAAACACAUCACUAAGGAAUGCAUACUUGAUGUGAAUUUGAUUCCCUGCUCUUGGAGCAUUGAUGCAAUCCGUCUUCUUCCCAUUGAUGAAAAUUCAGCUGCAGCAGAAAGGGGUGGGGGAGGUGUUUGUGGGUCUCCUUCCCAAAGGCUCAGCUUGGCUCCCCAAGGUUAAAACAAGGAAUGCAGUUUCACAAGUUCUGGUUGACAUCUGAUGCUUUAUCUUCAUUGAGUCCUUGCUAAGUGGUAAUCAACAGUUUGAUAUGCAAAACGCCAUGGGGGGUGAGAUUGGGGAAGGUCAUCGUGAAAAUGUGGAGUGCAGUCUCUAAAAACACAACAUUAUUAUGCUGGAUCAGUCUAUUGGAUCUCAUCAGCUCCAGCCAGCACAAUUGUUCUGUAUUCAAAUGGUGUGUGUGUGUGUGUGUGUGUGUGUGUGUGUGUGUGCAUCAUGUCAUGUGACCAGUUAUGCAGCUCCGCUCCCCCCAAUAUUUUAUUCAAGUUGGCCCCCUUGUAGGGCAGUAGACAAAUUGAAUAAAUAAUAAUAAAUUCCUGCAGAAUUAAAAAAAUAAUGAAUUAUUGCUUAAAUCGAGUCCCAUGCAGUCUCUUUUUAACAUUGGCUACGGGGUAGUCAUAAAACUACUGUUUUGCCAGAAGUCUAAUUUAUGCUGGAAAUGUGGAAAAAUGGAAGGAACAUUGUUCCAUAUUUGGUGGAACUGCGAAAAAACCAAGACCUACUGGGGUAUGAUUCAUGAAGAACUCAAAAAAAUGUUUAAAACAUACAGUGGUACCUCAGGUUAAGAACUUAAUUCGUUCUGGAGGUCCGUUCUUAACCUGAAACUGUUCUUAACCUGAGGUACCACCUUAGCUAAUGGGGACUCUCGCGGCCGCCACACUAUUUCUGUUCUCAUCCUGAAGCAAAGUUCUUAACCCGAGGUACUAUUUCUGGGUUAGAGUCUGUAACCUGAAGCGUCUGUAACCCGAGGUACCACUGUACUUACAAAAGAAACCAGAGGCAUAUUUAUUAGGAUUAUUGGGAAAAGACAUACCGCAGAAAAAGAAAGGAAUUUUCUUACAUGCUACAGUCACCGCCAGGAUACUAUAUGCCAGUAAAUGGAAGAGCGAAGUAAUACCCACAAAAGAAGACUGGCUAUACAAAUUAAGUCAAGUUAUAGAAAUGGCAAAGCUAACUGCAUACAUAAGAAAACAGACAAACCAAAAACUCAGACUAGAAUGGCAGUGUUUUGAAGAAUACAUGGACAAACACUGUUCAAGAAUAUGUUGAUAUGCUGAUAUUAAAGGAGUAAAGUAGAAAUUAUUAAUUAGGAAUGUCAUAAUGAGAUCAAAAUUUAAAAUUUAAAAAAUGCAAUGAUGGUAUUGAAUGUGUAAGAUAAGGAAGUCGAGAUGUUGUGGAGGGGGGUCAAAGGGUGUGGUGGUGGGAAGAUAAGGGGGUGGGAAGGAUUUUUUAUAUGUAAAUAGUAGCCUUAUUUUUGUAUGUCUUUGCACCGAUAGGAUGCAUUUCUUUUUCUUUUUCUGUAUUACUAAAAUUUAAUAAUAAUAAUAACUUAGAAAAAAGAAGAAAAACCUACUGUUUUGCCAUGUCCGCAGGUGUUCUUAAACCGAACACUACCACUCCUGCCCACAAUGUGACAAACGCAACGACCCCAACUGCUCCUGCCACCACAGUCGACACCAACGUAAGCACCAGUGCCCACCCUGAAAAUAAAACAAGUGCAAAGCCCACCCCAGUGAAACCUGUGUCUCCUAAUGUGACCACAGCGACUUCCAAGGCUACUUUGCCUUCUGCUUCUGUGACAGGUAUGUGUUGAUCUGCAGCUACCGCCCAGUAGGAAAGGAAAAGAUCCUGAAAACUAGUAGCCCUUGGUAGACUUAUCCUCCAUGGAAUUGAUCCAUCAUAAUAGUAAUAUUUUUAUUAUGUAUACUCCGCCCACCUGUCAGGGUUACCCCAGCCGCUCUGAGUGGCUUCAAGCAUAUAUAAAAACACGAUAAAACAUCAAAAAUUAAAAACUUCCCUAAACAGGGCUGCCUUCAGAUGUCUUCUAAAAGUUAGAUAGUUGUUUAUUUCCUUGACAUCUGAUGGCCACAGGUGGGUGCCACAACCAAGAAGGCCUUCUGCCUGGUUCCCUGUAACCCCGGGAACCGCCAGAAGGCCCUCGGAGCUGAACCUCAGUGUCCAGGUUGAACGAUGGGGGUGGAGACGCUCUUUCAGGUACGCAGGGCCAAGUUGAGAGUUGAUUGUGAGAAAUAAGGUACGAAGAUUCAUUCGGGCCGUCUUCCGAGGAGCUCAUCAGUUUUAAGCCCCUCAGAAAAAGGGGGUGGUGGAAAAAAGAUAAAGACGAGAUUAAAAGCAGGGGUGAAGACAUGUCAUAAAGCUCUUGGGACUGUAGCCAGUCAGUGGUGUGAUCUGACUGCAGUAAAAGAAGUCAUGCGAACCGAUAGACUUCAUUCUGCACUGAUCAGACAUUGUCGUGUGUACUGUAAUUGGUUCUGGAUGCCACACUUUAAGAAUGAUACAGGCAAAUCUGAACAGGCUUAUAGGAAGGCAGUGAAGAUGCUAUAUAAAAGUGGUCUUAUGAGGGGGGUUGAAGGGACGCAGGUGGCGCUGUGGUCUAAACCACAGAGCCUAGGACUUGCCGAUCAGAAGGUCAGCAGUUCGAAUCCCCGCGACGGGGUGAGGUCCCUUCUCCUGCCAACCUAGCAGUUCAAAAACACGUCAAAGUGCAAGUAAAUAAAUAGGUACUGCUACAGCGGGAAGGUAAACGGUGUUUCCGUGCGCUGCCCUGGUUUGCCAGAAGCGGCUUAGUCAUGCUGGCCACAUGACCCAGAAGCUGUCUGCGGACAAACACCAGCUCCCUCAGCCUGUAAAGCAAGAUGAGCACCGCAACCCCAGAGUUGUCUGCAACUGGGCUUAACUGUCAGGGGUCCCUUUACCCUUCCUUUAUGAGUGGGGUUGAAGGAGCAGCAUGUUUAGACUGGAGAAGAUGAGGACCAGGGUGGAGCUUGGGACGAUAAUAAUAAUAAUAAUUUAUUAUUUAUACCCCGCCCGUCUGGCUGGGUUUCCCCAGCCACUCUGGGUGGCUUCCAACUGAAUAUUAAAAACAGUACAGCAUCAGACAUUAAAAACAUGAUAGCACCCUCCAAAUACCUGAAGUACCAUCACACCGAAGAGGACCAAGACUUGUUCUCCGUUGCUCCAAUGGGCAGGACUAUCUUAAAAGGAGGGUAUUUUGGUUGAGAUUCCUAGAAUAGUUCAACAAACCAUCUCUCUUCACAGGGAAUUAUGGGACUUGUUGCUCUGUAAGGGGUCUCCCUAACAACUCCCAGCAUGCUUCACAAACUACACUUCCCAGAAUCCUUUGGGGGAAGCCAUGACGGUGUGAAAUGGUGCCCUGGUGCCAUAAGUGUAUGGCAUGACUCUGGCCCAGCAUUCUGGGGCAUAAAACUGGGGAAUACACCCUGUAUAAUAAGCAUGUCGGUUGGUUGUGUGUCUUCUUCUUUCAGUCACUCCCAAAGGUGCAGCGGCUCAAGUCUCAUCCUCAGGGUUCAGCGCAGGCAGCUUCAUCGGCGGCAUCGUCUUGACGCUGGGACUUCUUGCGGUUGGCUACAUCGGAUGCAGGACGUACCACGCGAAACGGGGCGUCCAGUACCGAACCAUGUAUGUAGCGGUCGGUGGAGUGUUUCUUUGCUGACCUAGAUUAUGUUGGUUUUAAUUUUUGUGUUGUGUCGCUUUGAGUUUACUUUUUUGUGACUAAUAGGUUCCAACAAAACAAACAAACUUAAGAGGCCUCAGGUUCGAUCCCUGGCCAGCUCCAUGUAUGAAACCUUGGGGAGCCCAUGAAUGGAUCUAAAUGGAUCUAAAUUGUCUGGCACGGUGCAAGGCAACACUCUGCAUUCAUAGCCUUUGUGGCUCCAGUGAGCAUCCAAAGCGUAAGGUGUGGUAUCCAGUGCUGCUCCUACUCAGAGUAGACCCACUGGAGUUAAUGGGCAUGGCUCAAGGUUCAUUAAGGUCCGUGGGUCUACUCCGAAUUGUAGUUAGUUGAACGCAGCCCAUUGCGUGUGCCCUGGCAGUGCUGUGCUAGUAUCCUCCUGCGACAUUUUUGCAGAACUCCUGGGCCCCAAAAAUGGCAUUAUACUGCCUCUGACUGCAGAUUCACCCUCCUGGUGUCCCCUUGGACUAGGCUCACAAUCUUCGCACAUUUAAUGCAGCGCAGGAACAAGUGCUCUAGUGACCCAAAUGCCUGCCUGUGUUUUCAUCCAUGCUGCAGUUUUUGUCCCUGUUCUAGGCAAGACCAGCACGAACGCCACAUUCCUUUGUGCUCCUGUCUAACCAUGAAAGCCCUUUUUUGUUUGUUUGCUUGCUUGCUUGCUUGCUUCGUUUUAUUUCGUUUGAUGGCUUCCUUUGAUUUAAAUCUACAUCGGGAGGCCAGGCUCUCUGUGACAUCCCCUCUUUUGAACUCCCUCAGCCACCUUGCUGCCCUCUUAGCUUCUGCUGCUUAUCAGCGAUAAACUUCCGUCCCUCCCUGCUGUUCGUAAAAAAACCCCACCUUAUGAAUGUGCACGUAGUCCCGUCUUGUUUCAGAAUUGCUUCUUGCGUUAGCCCUUGAACAAAACUAAACUCCUCAGCAGUGCUGUCGGACUCUGAACGUUGAGGAGAGUGUUGGUGAGCUCUUUAGAUUGGAUGUGGGGAACUUUCGGCCCUCCAGAUUUCUUGCAUAAGUUCUUGGAGGCCAGACUAGUGACUGGGAGCAGCCACCAGGACCAUAUAACACAGAUCCUAAAGGAUCUACACUGGCUCCCAGUACAUUUCCAAGCACAAUUCAAAGUGUUGGUGCUGACCUUUAAAGCCCUAAACGGCCUCGGCCCAGUAUACCCGAAGGAGCAUCUUCACCCCCAUCAUUCAGCCCAGACACUGAGGUCCAGCUCCGAGGGUCUUCUCAGCACCCACCCUGUAGGAACACUCUGCCAUCAGUUGUCAAUGAGAUAGGAAACUAUUUGACUUUUAGAAGACCUGUUCAGGGAAAUUUUUAAGGGUUGAUGUUUCAUGACGUUUUUCAUAUAUUGUUGGAAGCCGCCCAGAAUGGUUGGUGUAACCCAAUCAGAAUAAUAAUAGUAGUAGUAAUAGUAAUAAUAAUAUAGCCAUGGUAGCUAUACUCAGCCUCUUUGGUCAGAGGCUACAUACUUCUGAAUACCAGUUUGCUGGAAACCACACAAAAGAGUACUUCUGCACUCGUGUCCUGCUGGCAAGUUUGCCCCAUACAUCUGUUUGGCUACUGAGGAUGCCAUAGAAUUAUAAGAGUUGGAAGGGACCCAAGGGUCAUCUAUGACAGGCUUCCUCAAACUCAGCCUUCCAGAUGUUUUGAGACUACAAUUCCCAUCAUCCCUGACCAGAGGUCCUGCUAGCUAGGGAUCAUGGGAGUUGUAGGCCAGAAACAUCUGGAGGGCUGAGUUUGAGGAAGCCUGAUCUAUGACAUACUCGAUGACCAACAAGUUCACCUUAUGUCCAGGUGUUUCUGAACUACAACUCCCAUCAGCCUUAGCAAGCAUAAUAAUAAUAAUUUAUUAUUUGUACCCCGACCAUCUGGCUGAGUUUCCCCAGCCACUCUGGGCGGCUUCCAACAAAGAUGAAAAAUACAUUAAAAUGUCACACAUUAAAAACUUCCCUGAACAGGGCUGCCUUCAGAUGUCUUCUAAAUGUUAGGUAGUUGUUUCUCUCUUUGACAUCUGAUGGGAGGGCGUUCCACAGGGCCGGCGCCACUACCGAGAAGGCCCUCUGCCUGGUUCCCUGUAGCUUUGCAUCUCGCAACGAGGGAACUGCCAGAAGGCCCUCGGCGCAGGACCUCAGCGUCCGGGCAGAACGAUGGGGGUGGAGACGCUCCUUCAGGUAUACUGCCAGGGAUGGUGGGAAGUUCAGCAACCUCUGGAGGGCUAACUAUUCCCCACACCUUUAGAUGCCUAGGUGCAUUAUUCCACUUGUUUCAAAAUGUGCAAAGCCAUGUUCCGGGCGCACCUCCUCCUCAUUCUUCUGGGGGGAGGAUUGGACCUUUGCUCCAAAGUCAACUAUCUUUAGGACAAAAGAAGAGGAAUUGGCAUGCCGGACAUUGCCAUUCCUUCUCAGCGAGCUCAGCCUGUUUUAUCUUUGCAUUUGUUUAUUUGCAGUUCCAGACUCCCAUUUAUGCAUGGAAUGCUCAGCCCAAGGCAGGCUUCAGUGGGGGGGGGGGGGGUCCAUCUAAUCUCGACCAUCCAGAGGUUUCCUUGCACUUAGCUUUGAUGUGCUGUAGUGAUCAAGCUGUGUUUUGCCAGUGCAUUCAUGCACAUUUGUACGUGUGUGUGCAAGAUCUUUCUGACACUCUUGCGCAUGUAUAUAUCCUUAACACAUUUUCCUUGUUAACGUAGCUGGCUCCGUCAUUCUCCCCCCCCCUCCAUUUUUUAAAAGUAAUGCUUAAAAAUCCCUCAUGUGUCCGCUACUUCUGCCCCCAUAUUAAGUAGGAAAAUUCCAAGGAUUGGGGAGGGUAUGUGGACAGAGGGAAGAACCACACAUGGCAGUAUUUAUUUAUUGAAUUUAUAUCGCGACCUUCCUCUCUAAGGAACCCAGGGCAUCAGACAGACAAACUAUCGAAAAAGAAAACAAAGCAAAAACAUUCUAAAAUAAGUUAUAAACAUUCUUCUAUCCACUUGCCAGGGACGGUGUUUUUCUGCUGCCAAAUGCCUGGGUAAACUGAAAUUCAGAUUCCUCCUGAAGGUUAAUAAUGAUGAAGACAGACUCACCUUGCUAGGGAGCACAUUCCACAAGCAGGGAGCUACCACUAAAAAGGCCCUGUCAUGGGUUGGCACCAACCAAGGAGACCUUGGUGGGGGCACCAGCAACAAGGCUGUACACAGUACUGUGUCGCAGGGGGCCUAUUCUGCUGCUCUCCCCUUCCCCACCCAAUUUUGUAAGAGAGGGAACCCAUUAAUUGGGUUCGAUCUCUGUUGGUAGUCCCUUCCCUUCCUACAGGCUUGAGCAUCAUUGAUCGGUCAGUGAUUUCCUGCUUUUUCACUUCACAGUGCAGCAUUAUCUCUAGCUGUCUUGGCUUCAGAAACAUGAGCAGCUGCCUUAUACCAGAUCACAUAAUUAGUGGUAAACCUCUGGGAUUCCCUGCUACUGGAUCUUUUUAAGUGAAAAUGCUAGAGAAUAAGGCUUGGGUCCAACUGUACAGUGCACACUGCUCAACAGUGGUCACUCACCAUGGGCUGUGGCUCGAACCCAUAAGGUGGCCUUCCCCAAGGGGGUUCCCUCCAGAUGUUUUGGGCUACAACUACAUCACCUGAGGCUGAUGGGUGUUCUAGGCUGAAACAUCUGGCAAGCACUGCAUUGAGAAAGACUGUCAUAAAAAAGACUUCACGCUUACAUGUCACAGAUACCCCAGGUAACUUGAGUCUAUUCUAUUUAUGACAUUUUUAGUCACAGUGUAAUCAGCUUACACUGAAACCAGUUAAAAACAAUGGAAAACAUUCCAACCAAGGAAGAGUAGCAGAUGAAACUAAUGGACUGUUCUGAAAUGUCAGAAACUCGCUGGAAGAAUCGGAAACCAGGAAGAAACAACUUUUAAUAAAGAACGGGGGGAUUGUGUAAACUGUUUGGAAAAUUAUUGUGUACAAAUAGGAUCAUCUUAAAACUCAUAGUUAAAACUAUUGACUAAGAAAUAGUGAGAGAAUAAAUGAAAAUUGGACUAUUGAGGAGAUGCAGUAAGAAAAUUAUAACCGAAGGAACCACGAAAGAAAAUUAUAACCAAAGGAACCUCCUUGGGGAGGGAAGCCAAAUAGGAUAUUUGUAUUGGAUGUUUGUUUGAAAAAUUGAAAAAAAUAAAAAAAAAUUUUUACAAAAUAAAAACAAUGAAAACCGAAAAGCCAGAACACCACAAGUAAGCCGUAUACUAAGAAGGUCUGCUACACACAAUAUAUGGAGUGAUGCUUCCUCAGUGUAAAUUUAAUACUUAAUGUUGUCUUCUUUUUUCUAGUGACGAACACGAUGCCAUAAUUUAAAGCCUUCACUCAGAAGACAAAGAUGAAACCCCACUCCUGUUCCUGCUUUUCCCCCUACGGAAAACAAGCCUUAAACUGUCCAGAGCCUACACUGGGUGCUUAAUUGCUUUUUGGGGGGGUGUACCUUUCUGUAAAAUUAUGGGGGACCCAGAUUCUGCAAGGAUUUUGGAAAUUUCAAAGUGCCUUCACUGAAGAGUUCUGAGGACCGUCUACACAAUUGGUCCCUACUUGGGGACUGAAGACAUGAGCUUAGUUAAAAGUUGCGACUUCUUAGCCAUUACACGCUGAAAAUCAGGGGAUGUGGGCUCCACAACAGAACACAAUGCUGUGAACAUGCUUAUGUCUACCACUCUUAAAGUUACGUUGUCCUUCUGUUCAGCAAAUAAACCAAGCUUCUGUUUUCAAGAUGGCAGGUGAAUCCAAAAGCAACCUUUUUCACGUUGCUCUUCUUCAAUUUGUGGAAUGAGGUUGUUUGGGCAGGGAGAAAAGUAUUUUUGUUAAUGAUCUGACGUUGCAUGUGCCUUGAAUUUUUGAGGAAAAUAUUUUUCUACUUUUAGCAUAUACAAGGGUGCGUGAAAGGGUUUUUUCAUUUGGGCAGGAGAAUUGUUUGCUUUCUUUCAUUUACCUUGUGUGUGUGUUUUAUAAUGAUGCAUCGUCUGUUUUCUAGUCCCUGCUGAGUUGGAGGUAUAUAAUUCCAGUUAAUUUUCAGCGCAACCUCUCACCACAAAAGCAAAGACCAGAAUAAUUGCUCCGCAGGUUCCGUGUGUGGUGAAAUCUUAUCCGAUUCAGUACAGUGUGUCAUAUGAAUUGGCUGUGUGGGACAGUGGAAUACAUGUUGCCUGCCUGCCUGAUAUAUACAGUUCCUUGACUAGUUCAUUGCUUGAAUUCAGGCUUGUGUCUGUUAAAUGUCGUUGAGAAGAAAGGCAGAUUCGUAAGAAAGCUUCCACUGGGGAUUAUUUAAACUUGAAUACAUUCUGGGGAUGUUUAACGAACGAAUCACUGUUUUGAUAUAUAUUUCUUUUCCUGCUCUUGCCUCUGUUCUUUUUUUUAUUUCAUAGCAUAACAUUUACCAGAUGCAAAAGAGGGGAGUGCAGGCUUGUCCAUGAGCUGUAAUUCCUGUUCCAAGGAACUAGUUUGCAUUGUCACGCUAAGCCACAGUUUGUUUUAAACCGUGGCUUCAUCGCAGACCCCAGCAGCUACCAUAAAUAAGCCAUAGUAUGGCUUGUGUUGCGCAAACAAGGACUGUGCUUCAUAGGAAGCUGUUUCAGAGCUGUGGUGCCUUAAGCUCUGGCUCUCCAGAGUUUCGACAGGGGGCAUUCCCAGCUCUUCCUGCAGAUGCCGGUCAUUGGACCUGGGACCUUCUAGUUUUGCACAGUGACAGUAUUGUAGCCAAUGAGGUUAAUCCGAGGCACGAUUAUUGCUGAUUGGACCUGGGACUUUCUGUGUGCAAAGUAAGAUGCUGUGCUACUAAGCUGUGGCCCAUCCCUAAAACCACGAGCCAUGAAACAGAAGGGGGUAAAGCCAAUAUUUAUUCUGGGUUUAUUUCUUGCUUUUCACUCGUGUUGUGUUUGGAACAAUCAGAGCACUGGGUUUGCAUGACAUGUCCAGCCAUGUUGUGCACAUUGACGAUUAAGCCAUCAUUUGUAACAAAAUAUGGCUCAGCAUGGCAUGCAAACCAACGUAAUUUCAACUCUCUAAAAAGAGCUGUUCUCUGUCUCCAGCCUUGCUUGCUGCUGAGGAAAAUUAUGCACUGUUCACAGAGAGAAGGGAAGCUUAAACUCCUUUCAUUUGGGGGCAUCUCCUCCUCCUAGUUAGGACACAAAACUUCCUCCCAAGCUCCUGAAUGUAGCCAGCAGACUUUCUCUUGCCCUCAUGACUCCGACAUCAGGUGCACAUAAGGCCUUUUCUACUUCCCUCCCUUUUUGCAUGGAUGUAACUACAGAUUAUGGGACGCGGGUGACGCUGUGGGUUAAACCACAGAGCCUAGGACUUGCCGAUCAGAAGGUCAGCGGUUCAAAUCCCCACGACGGGGUGAGCUCCCGUUGCUCGGUCCCUGCUCCUGCCAACCUAGCAGUUCGAAAGCACGUCAAAGUGCAAGUAGAUAAAUAGGUACCACUCCAGCAGGAAGGUAAACAGUGUUUCUGUGCGCUGCUCUGGUUCACCAGAAGCGGCUUAGUCAUGUUGGCCACAUGACCCGGAAGCUGCACGCCGGCUCCCUCGGCCAAUAAAGCGAGAUGAGCGCCGCAACCCCAGAGUCGGCCACGACUGGACCUAAUGGUCAGGGGUCCCUUUACCUUUUUGACUGUACAGAUUGCAGUGGAGUUCAUACCUAAGUUGUUUUGAAAUCUCUCUUUUUUAAAAACAAACAAACACAGAGAGUAAUUAGCCAAUGCACUUGUUUGUUUGCUUGCUGUUAAUGUGCCCAAUGGUCUCUGAUUGCAUAUCAAAAGUUCCCUGAAGUUGAUGGGGGGCAAUUGCAUCUGUUUCAUCUCAGAAAAGAACAUACUAGUUUUUCACCACAUCUUCGGUGGAAGAUUAUUGAAACUACUGCAAUGUUCCAAGAUAUAAGAAGCAGAAGAAAGCAUCACGGGGCUGGUUAAUAGCUAAAGGCUGUCGAGCAAUGCUAUACUUACCAUGGGCGAGUCUGUAAAUUUUUUUUAACAAACACUUCCCAAGGGAAGCAGCUGGCACUAUAUAUAGAAGCAUUGUGUAAUGGUGAUUGUUGUGAAUGCAUCCAGUCUCCAUGUACCUAUAGGAUGUUCCUAACAACCACUGCUAAGGGAUGGAUAUUCAUGAUUGACAAAUAUCCCUCCAGGAAGCAUAUCUCAGUAUUGCAAGUGGGAGUUCCUUUGAGUUACUUAGAAAACCCUUUGCUCUAUUUAGCAGUUUUAAACCAGUUCAACGGACAUUGCUUCUUCCUGAAGAAUCUUGGCAACUAGGAAGUACAUCUCCCGUUCCCAAUCCCCAUAUUGCAAUUCCUAGAUUUUAGAAUCAGUGUGAAGCUGGUAUCUGUUUGUCAACAGGCUUCUGGGAGCUUUUUUGUAAUCCUCUUCCCCACCCCCCUUUCCCUCAAAAAAAGUUUAAUAUUUAAUAUGCAAGAGUGCUUACUGUUAAAAUGAUGGAGUCUGUUCAUUGAACAAGAAGAUUGGGGAUUGGGUUUCCAUCUAUUUUUAAAAAGAUGAAACAAUUAGAUAGAUGAUGCUCCAACCCCCCAUUUUUCCCUCUGAUGUGACAAGGAUGCAAAUUGUUCUGAGUAAUUGUAAUGAACGUUCUUUUUUCUACCAAACAGUUGCCAGAUUUAUUCCAGAGGUUUUCAAUAUUUUUGAGUCCACGGCUCCCUUGACCAACUACAUUCUUUCUGCAUCUGCCCUGGGGAGAAAUGCUCUCUGAGCCUUAGAAGCCCAGUUAUGUCCCCCCCUUGCCUGCAGAGCUGGCAGCCUCUCACCCUUUUCCAAACACCCUCCCUUGUGGAUUGUUCCUUCAGCCUCCUCUCCCCUCUCCUUGGGAGUCCUCUGAGCUGCCACAGCUACCGCCCCUGCUCUCUGAGCUGCCCUCCCCCCAAAGAGAGGUGCCUCCUCACACUGCUCCACAGGGGCCUGGGAAGCACCCCCUAGCCAGCCCUAGAGACACCAUUUGCCUGGGGAGCUUGUAGCCAGGGCUGCUGCAACAAACAGCUGUGCAAGCCUUUGGGAGGCAGAGACGCAAGAGGGCAUCCAAGGAGGGAGGGAAGGGAAGGAAAGGGAGACACACUGUUUGAAAACCACUGCUUUAUUCAGUUAAACUUGAGGGCCUUUAUUCAACAUUUUGCAACAGCUGGUAAGAAAUACUCAGUUUCUGUAUUUGACGGUUUCUUGUUGUCACCUACCUGCAGUAUAUAUUUGAUUUAUCUCAUUUUUUUUUCUGCUGCCCUUCACUCACAGAAAUAAAGGUUAAUGAAAACGUU